ACUUCCGCCGAAUAGACAAUUGAGAAAGCGCGAUGCAGCGGGCUCGAAGAAAUCAAAGCAAAGGUGGAGUGCUGUGGAAGCCUGGAAGGGCGAGGAGAUGCUCCAAUUCGCAACGCUUUCUCUGAUACUUGCUUUACUAUUUCCUUUAUGAUGUUGUCUGGUCGUGAUCAAUCAAUCAGCCCAAAUCUACACCAAGCACGACUAGUAGAAGAAAGACAAAAAAGCACAAAAGAAACAACAGGCACUGAGAAAUGGAUGACAAUAGAGACAAAUCGAUUAUGGGAAGUGCUGUAUUGAAUGCCCCUUUAUUCGAUGAAGCAGGACAUUGGCUUUUCAUUUUAUCCUAUCUUACGGUUAUUGCUGUUGGAAUCCUGAUGACAUUGUUUCUUAUGAAUCAAUUGAAGGCGAAUAUUAGUUUAAGCUUGAUGAAGGCCAUCAGAUCAAGAUCAAAGAAGAAUAGAAAAGCUAAAAAUAGAGCUCCUGGAUCUGCACAUGUAUGGAAAGUAGAACCUUGUUCUCGGUCAAGAGGACUUAAGUGCAUUGUAUGCUUAUAUUCUGUAUCACCAUCUCAAUCACCAGAUGAGAGCAUCUAUCGCUGUGAUAUCUGUAGUGCUGCUGCACACUUGUCUUGCUUGUCGAACACUUAUGAAGACUGUAAAUGUGUGUCUAUGUUUGGUUAUAAGCAUGUAAAGCACCAAUGGGCUGUACAAUGGGCUGAAAUAGCGGAUCAACCUGAAGAAACUUCUUUCUGCAGUUAUUGUGAAGAACCUUGCAGUGGGUAUUUGCUAGGUGGCUCACCCUUUUGGUACUGUAUGUGGUGUCAAAGGCUAGUGCACAUCAAUUGCCAAGCUAGUUUUGCCCAUGAGAACGGUGACUCCUGUGACUUGGGUGCUCUGAGGAGGCUUAUACUUUCACCUCUUUAUGUAAAAGACUUGAGCAAAUCUGGAACUGGAGGGCUUUUAAGCUCUCUGACUCAUGGGGCAAAUGAGUUAGCAUCUACAGUACGUGAACGUCUUAGGAAUCAUAGUAAGAAACAUAAGAAAUACAAGGAAAUAUCCAUUGAUUCAGGUGAUAUAAACAUGGAUUUGUGCAAGUCAAGCAAUGGGGGUUGUUUAAACUCUGAAGGUACAAUGAAUAUUAAUCACCAAAGUCGGAAUAUCAAUUCAUGCACAGACCCAAAUUCUGAAAUUUACAGGUCAACAUCUAAUAAUGGUGACUGUCACAGAGGAAAUAAUCAGAAAUAUGAACUUCUGGAGUUGCCUUCAGAUGCUAGACCGUUGGUUGUCUUCAUCAACAAGAGAAGUGGUGCUCAGCAUGGUGACGCACUAAUGCGGCGUUUAAAUAUUCUUCUAAAUCCUAUGCAGAUCUUUGAAUUAAGCUGGGAACAUGGACCAGAGGAAGCACUCUCUUUGUUCAACAAGGUACCAAAUUUCAGGAUUCUCAUUUGUGGCGGAGAUGGUACAAUUGGUUGGGUUCUCAGUGCAAUUGACAAACUAAAAUUUGAAUCACCUCCACCUAUUUCAAUCCUUCCAGCUGGUACUGGUAAUGAUCUUGCAAGAGUCUUAUCAUGGGGUGCUGGUCUUGGCGCCAUUGAGAAGAAUGGAGGUUUAUUCAAAAUUUUGCAAGAUAUAGAACAUUCUGCUGUCACCCUUCUUGAUAGAUGGAAAAUAACAACUGAAACUGCACAAAAUGGUCUUUCUCAAUCUCCAAAGUUUAUGAAUAACUAUCUUGGUAUUGGAUGCGAUGCUAAGAUUGCUUUAGACAUCCAUAAUCUGCGUGAGGAAAACCCUGAAAAGUUCUACAACCAGUUUAUGAACAAAAUGUUGUACGCAAGAGAAGGAGCAAAGAACCUGAUGGAUAGGACAUUUGCUGACUUUCCCUUGCAAAUCAGAUUAAUGGUAGAUGGGGUGAAGAUUGAAAUUCCUCAGGAUUCAGAAGGUAUCCUUGUGGCUAAUAUUGGCAGCUACAUGGGAGGGGUUGAUUUAUGGAAAAAUGAAGAUGGGAAUUAUGACAACUUUAGACCACAAUCAAUGCACGAUAAGUUGCUGGAAGUUGUUUGUUUCACUGGAACAUGGCACUUAGGAAGGCUUCAGGUAGGGCUUUCUCGGGCUAGAAGGCUUGCACAAGGGCGUUUUAUCAAGAUCCAUCUUGUUGCUUCUAUGCCUGUUCAAGUGGAUGGGGAGCCAUGGUAUCAGCAACCCUGCACCCUGGAAGUAUCUCAUCAUGGCCAGGUCUUCAUGUUGAAGAAUGUAUCAGAGGAGCCUCUCGGCCAUGCUGUAGCCACCAUCACUGAUAUUCUUGAAACUGCUGAAAUUAAUGGAAUUAUCACAGCGAAACAGAAAAAAUCUCUUCUUCAGGAGAUGGCCUUAAGGCUCUCUUGAGAUCUACAGCCUGCAAUCUGCGAGUCCUCAAUUUUUCUGGUAUUAGUUAUUUCAAGGGCUUCUUAGAUCAUUUAUACUGCAACAAGGCACAAGUGCAAUCCUCGUGUAGAAAUGAAUGAAGAUACUCAAAUCCUUCCGAUUAUAUUGUAGAGCAUUAAGUUUGUAUAAACAAAAGGUGACGACAGGUGACUGUGAUGUAUAUACAACUGAGAUUGUUAUGUACAAUAUUUUGGUUUUGCGUAGAUGUCAAUUCAGCUCA